AUGCCCGUAGCUACCGAACCGGCGCGGGAGCUCUGCGUUCUGAUAGAGAAUCGACUGGAUCUCAGACUGCAGGAUGCGCAUGCGGAAGGGCCCGGAUUCUACCAACUUGCGCCGUCGACGCGCGAGUCGCUGCUACGCAUCUCGCUCGUCCAGUCCAAGGUCAAGCGGGACUGCGCUGCAGUUGCCUUUGUAUUCGACGUGACGCUCAGCCUCUUCCCCGCGCUCACUUGGUCGGUGCAGAGCGUUUACACGGGCUCGUCGGCACCUGCUUCGAGCGCGGUGGAUCUCCCGUCGCCUCAGCUGUUUGUGCCGUUCCACUUCCUGCUUUUCAACCUCUCGGAUCUGCUCGGCCGGACACUGCCGAGCGUAGGGUCCCGCGCGCUCAUCUGCUACACAUCGCGCUCGUUUAGUCCAAGUUCAGUUGGCACUGUGCCGCAGUCGUAUUCGGUGUCCUCAGCACAUCGCGACUCCGCCCAAAUGAUCGUGGCAUCCUUAGGAUGCGAACGCAUGGUUUCAAAGCGGGAGGACAAAGACGAAGCGGCGGGCGGCGGGCGGUAUGCGCAUUUCUCCGCCGUUGCAUUGUUCAGCAUUCCGACGCUCGAUUGCGAUGCUUUGAUUGAAGACCCGCCAAAAGCUGUCAACUCGAAUUUGAAGCUAUUGCACGCUGCCAGGUGGCUGAUGCUCGUAUUCAUGCCUCCGCUCCGCUGGAACGGCGGAUACAUCCGCCUCUGCUCGAUUGCCUCGUCUGUCUUCACCUUUGCCACCGAGCCUCAUUCCAUUUGGGUGGCAUUGCCCUCGAGACCGAGCUCCUCGGGUGUCCGUGCAAUCAAGUUCAUCCCUGCAUCCGAGUUCUUGGCAUCCCAUCCGAAUACAAGGGCAGCGGCCAUUUCAAGUAGCUCUAUCUCCGUCUCUCCUGCCCACCCCCAUCUACCACCAUUGGAUUCCACCAUGACUGAAGCCAAGAAGGGUGUCCUCGCACAGGGUGUGCAAAACUUUACGGAUCUCUUCCACUGGAAGGUUCGCUCGGUCACCAUCGACGAAAAUGGUGAAGAGGAAGUCACCUGGGAGAGGCCUCAGCGACCUCCCAACCCGUUCCGCCUGCUGGGUAUGCUCGGCAUGGCGGGCUGGGGUGCCUACCUAAUCGGGUUCUCGGCCUGGACCGCAGACGCCUUCGACUUCCAUGCCCUUUCGAUCCAGACCACCAAGCUCUCGAAGCACUUUGAUGUUUCCAAGACCCGAGUCACCGAGGCCAUCACCCUCACGCUACUCCUCCGUUCGGUCGGCGCAGCCAUUUUUGGCAUGUGCUCCGACUACUUUGGACGCAAAUAUCCGCUCGUUCUCAACAUGUGGGCUCUCGGUGCUCUUCAGGUCGCUUCCAUCUACUGCACCACCUUCAACCAGUUCCUCGCCGUCCGUGCAAUCUUUGGAUUAUGCAUGGGGGGUGUGUACGGCGGUGCUGCCAGCAUGGCGCUGGAGAGCAUUGAUUCCGAAGCAAGAGGUCUUUUCAGCGGUAUCUUCCAGCAAGGAUACAGUUUUGGAUACGUUUUGGCGGCCUGCGUCAAUCUCGGAGUCGGCGGCGCGGUUUCGACCUGGCCGAUCAUGUUUUGGGUCGGAGCAGGCUUCAGCUUUGCUGUAGGCUUCCUCAGGCUCCUCUGGCCCGAGUCCAAGCAGUUCAUCGAGGCCCGAAAGGCGUCCAAGGGCUCCGGCACCAAGAACUUCCGCAAAUCUUUCGGUGCGAUGCUUAAGAAGGAGUGGAAGACCUGUGUCUUCGCCAUCAUUUUGAUGAGCUGGUUCAAUUACUUCAGCCACACGAGUCAGGACAGCUACACCACUUUCAUGCUUUCCGGCAAGCAGCUGAACAACACUGCGGCAUCAAGAGCAUCGAUUCUGAUGAAGACCGGCGCCUGUGUCGGUGGAACGAUCUGGGGCUACAUGUCGCAGUGGAUCGGACGACGACGCGCGAUGAUCUUGGCCUGCAUUGCAUGCUGCUGUCUCAUCCCUGCUUGGGUGCUUCCUACUUCCGAGUCUGGUCUCGAAGCCGGCGGCUUUUUGCUUCAGGCUUGCGUGCAGGGCGCGUGGGGUGUGGUUCCCAUCUACCUGUCCGAGAUCUCGCCGCCUGCAUUCCGUGCCAUCUUCGUUGGCCUGACCUACCAGCUCGGCAACGCCAUCUCGUCGCCUUCGACCCAGCUCAUCAACUACCUCUCGGAAAACAACUUCAUCCGCGCUCCCAACGGCAAGAUCGUCGAGGCGUACGGUCCGGUCAUGGCCAUUGCCACUGCCAUCAUUGCGAUCGGCCUGGCACUCACCGCCUCCGUGGGCCCCGAGAAGAAGGGCGCCAGGUUCGAGCGUGCCGCCGCUGCCACCGCCGACGCUCAGCCCCAGCUUCCCGUUCACAGCAAGAAUGUGGACGACGAGGAGGAAAAGUCUGUGGACCUCACUCAGACCCACACCUACCUCUCCAACAAGACUUGGUUGAUGCUGCUGCGGUUGCUCUGCCUUCCUCUCCUGCCAUCAUCACCCUUCCUCCAAGGCUCGUCGCGCUCGCUCAUUCAAAAGCACCAACCUAGUUUGAAGCGCUCGAAUGAGGAUGGACACGUAUCGCAAGGCUUCAUCGAAGCACGCCGCAAUGAUGCGGAGGAUGAGCUUCCGCUCAAGCGUUGCGAGGAUGCGCACGAGAGCUGGAUCAUUGGUGGGGCCAUCGACCUGGCCAGUGCAAAGCGGGCCACCAAUGAGAAACCCCGAACGAGCACGACUGAGCCAUUUCGGUUGCGCAAGCUCGGAGGCUACACUUCCGCUGCUAAUGGCUCCGCGUGA